GGAAUUUACAUCAGGUUUGUGUAGUUCCACUGUAAAUAGACCAAUAUAUAAAGGGUAUAAAGGGGAAUUAAAUCGGUGAACCAGGAGUCUUUGGCCACCACCGAUAAUCACGCACUCUCACUGGCCAAGCCCAGGUCGUCCUUCAGUCUACUCUCCACCCAGACAAAAGCCAAGCCAGAGCCAGACUUCAAAGUUUGAUACCCAGACAGAGAGAGAGAGAGAGAGAGAGAGAGCAGCGAUGGGGGAUGCAAAGACAGUUCACUCGCCGCUGGUUACAUACUUUUCUAUGAUUUCGUUGCUCACUCUAUGUCCUCCCUUUGUUAUUCUACUAUGGUAUACAAUGGUGCAUGCAGAUGGAUCUGUUUCCCAAACUUUUUAUUACUUAAAGCAGCAUGGUGUGCAGGGGUUUAUUAACAUAUGGCCAAGACCUACUGCCACUGCUUGGAAGAUAAUUGCUUGCUUUGCUGCCUUUGAGGCCGCACUUCAACUUCUUCUACCUGGCAAAAGGGUUGAAGGCCCUAUAUCUCCUGAAGGGAAUCGACCUGUUUACAAGGCAAAUGGAAUGGCAGCAUAUUUUGUGACGUUGGCAACCUAUCUUGCCCUUUGGUGGUUUGGGAUAUUCAACCCAUCAAUCGUAUAUGAUCAUUUGGGAGAAAUAUUUUCUGCACUCAUUUUUGGAAGCUUCAUCUUUUGUAUUUUCUUGUACAUAAAAGGUCACUUGGCACCAUCUUCCACAGAUUCGGGCUCUUCUGGGAACAUUAUAAUUGAUUUUUAUUGGGGUAUGGAGUUGUAUCCUCGAAUUGGGAAAAACUUUGAUAUUAAAGUUUUCACAAAUUGCAGAUUUGGGAUGAUGUCUUGGGCAGUUCUAGCUCUGACCUAUUGCAUAAAGCAGUACGAAGAGAAUGGGAAAGUAGCUGAUUCAAUGCUUGUUAAUACAGCAUUGAUGCUGAUUUAUGUCACUAAGUUCUUUUGGUGGGAAGCUGGAUAUUGGAACACAAUGGAUAUUGCACACGAUCGAGCUGGGUUUUAUAUCUGCUGGGGAUGCUUGGUGUGGGUUCCAUCUGUGUAUACCUCUCCUGGCAUGUACCUGGUCAACCAUCCCAUAAACCUUGGAACUCUGUUAGCACUUUAUAUACUAGUAGCGGGCAUCCUUUGCAUAUACAUCAACUAUGACUGCGAUAGGCAAAGACAAGAAUUUCGCAGAACAAAUGGCAAAAGCACAGUUUGGGGGAAAGCUCCAUCAAAGAUCACUGCCUCCUACACCACAACCUCUGGAGAAACGAAAACCAGCCUUCUUCUAACCUCAGGAUGGUGGGGGUUAUCUCGCCAUUUCCAUUAUGUGCCUGAAAUAUCAGCUGCCUUUUUUUGGACUCUUCCAGCUCUUUUCAAUCAUUUCCUACCCUAUUUCUAUGUGAUCUUCCUUACUAUCCUUCUUUUCGACCGAGCCAAGAGGGAUGAUGACCGAUGCCGAUCCAAGUAUGGAAAAUACUGGAAACUAUAUUGCGAGAAGGUUCCCUACAGGAUCAUUCCGGGAAUUUACUGAGAAAAUAUUUCUAUGAUUUGUGUCACCGCUUGUCUUUGAAUCUUGAGCUUUUUAUAGCUUGUUGGUGGACAAGAGAAUAAUGAUAUGUAUAAUUACUCGUAACUCUUAUUAGAAGUUUUGGUGUGUUAGCAGUGUUAUUCUGUAAGAUAGAUUUGUUUGGUUAAUAUUUUAACUUCAAUUUUCCAUGACCAAAAUUAAAGGAAGAUUUAGUUUGCUUUUGAA